CGUUACAGUAUUACAUAGUAUUUUGACAUACAUAGAUAUAAGCAAUAAAAAAAAAUAUUACAAUACUUCAUUGCACUUAAUUAUACAAUUUUUAUCUGUAUAAGGCCGUUUUCGUAUGGCGAAAAUUUUAACAAAUUAGCUACUAUGCCAAGUUUCUAAAUAUUGUCCUAUAUAUAGGUUAGUGAUUGUAAUUUGAAAUCAUAACAUUUGGCAUCAUGUUCCGUUUUAGUUUAUUUUUGUGUCUGCAAGUUCUUUUCGUUCAGAAUGUCUUCACCCUUUGUCCUUGCAUGGAAGGGCUUAUCGGAGUAGACAUAUCAGAACGUUUCCUCGGCAAGUCUAGCGUAAAUCCAUUGCUGGGUAACAUAGGAGCUGCUGAGGCGGUUUCUUUAGGAGCGGGCAUUGGAUCCGGUCUCAAUCUUGGAGGUCUGGGCGGUUUUGGAUCCUCCGCUGUUGCCGAAGUUGGACUAGGUGGACUCGGCGCUGGUUUUGGCCCAAAUAUUGGUCGUGGUGGUGGCAUAGCUGCAACUGAGGUGGUCAGCAGCUUCGCUGGUGGUUUGGGAUCGAAUAUUGGUGGGUAUGGGCCUGGAUUCGGUGGUUUUGGCCCAAAUGUUGGCGUUGGAGGAGUAGCAGCUGCCGAAGUUGUAAAUAGUUUUGGAUCUAACGCUGGUUUCGGACCUUAUGGCCCUGGUUUUGGUGGACCUGGAUUUGGUGGAUCUUACGCUGGUGCUGAGUUGGCUGGAUUAGGAGGCUUUGGUCCAGGGUUCGGCGCUGGAGGUUUUGCGGGGGCUGAAUUGGCCGGGUUCGGUGGCUUUGGUGGUCCAGGAUUUGGUGCUGGAGCUUUUGCUGGAGCUGAGUUGGCAGGAUAUGGUGGCUUUGGAGGUCCAGGGUUUGGUGCUGGAAACCUUGCUGGUGGCCUUGUUGGAGCAGAACUAUUAGGAGGAUUAGGUGGUGGAAUAAACCCACUUGCAGCUCUUGCUUUAGGUGGAUUAGGAGGAGCAGGAUUUGGAGGUCUAGCUGGUGCUGAGUUGGGUGGUGGAUUCGGACCUGGGUUAUCGGAACUGGCAGCUUUGAGUAUUGGUAGUAGUUUAGGUGGUUCCGGAAUCGGUGGGGCUUUAUUAGGGGCUACGCUGGCUGGUGGGCUAGGAAACCUUGGACCAGCAGAGCUUGCAGCACUUAGUCUUAGUGGAGGUUUUGGUCCUGGCUUUGGAGGUCCAGGUUUUGGAGGUCCAGGUUUUGGAGGUCCAGGUUUUGGUGGACCAGGUUUUGGAGGUCCAGGUUUUGGAGGUCCAGGUUUUGGAGGACCAGGAUUUGGAGGUCCUGGUUUCGGUCCCGGCCCUUAUUUCCCAGGGCCUGAAGGUUUCGGACCGGGAUAUCCCGGUUUUGGCCCCGGUUUCGGACCAGGCUUUGGUCCUGGUUUUGGUCCCGGUUUUGGUCCCGGUUUCGGUGGACCAGGUUACUUUGGACCAGGAGUUUUUUAAAAUACCUAAAUAGAUAGACAUUUUAUUGUGAUUUUGAAUUGUAUUUCCUAUCUGGUCAUGUUAACAUUUAUGGAUUUAUUAA